CUGCCAUGCCCAUCCCCGGCACCGGCCACACAAACAUCCCCAGACCUUUUCAAAAGCCAGGAUCCCACCUCCUCCCUCCGAUCCCCCAUCUUCUUCCUCUCGUGCGACCGCGACCGAGGGCAUGGCAGCAAUGGGGGUGGGCGGAGCGGUGAAGAUGAUCUGCGGGGCCAAGGAGGAGCGGGUGGUGGGCACGGGCAAGGCGCCCGGGGCGUGCCCGUCCUGCGGCGGCCCCGUGGUGGCGACCGACGUGGAGAGCGAGCGGCGCAUCCUCUGCCUGCCGCUCUGCGUCAAGAACAAGCGCAAGUACUCCUGCACCAGGUGCUUCCGCCGCCUCGUCACCAUCUACAGCUAGCCGAUCGAUUUCAUGCCUGCCGAUCCAUCAUCCAUCGAUCAGAUCAACUUAGCGUGCGGAGUCGAACAAUCCCCGAGUUCUUUGGCUCUUAUUCUCGGCCGUGGUUACGGCCCUAGACUAGCUUGCUAGCUAGCCUGGCUAAUUUAAUGUAAUGGUGAUUCUGUGAUGA